GAACACCCCGUCUGAUCCGCUUCCGUUUGCUCGUGUUUCCGGGUUGUGUCUCCACGCUGGUUUUUGGUGUGCAUCAGCCGGUCGGUCCGUGGUUACGAGCAGUAAACACAACGUUAUGGACGGACCCCAGGAUAUUUAUAUGUUAGAGCCGGAGACCAGUCACUUCGUACAGCAUUAAAUCAGUAUUUUAUCAGUGCUCUGUUGUCAGCAGGGCAGCAUCAGGAAACUGGGCACAUCCAGGUGUUUCAGUGUGUGAACAAAGUGCAAGGUCCCGUCUCAGCACAGAUAUGAGCUGUGAGCGGCUCUAGAUACUGCUCCUCGCGUCCCCUCUUCAUAUCACUUACAUGUCUUUUGAGACUUAGUUUUAAUACGCUAGUUUUAUUUUGCACAGAAAAUGUCGUGUCUUUUACUGGGAGUCAUACGGAGACAGGGUGGUGUUUUGGCAAGUGCCAGGGUUCGGUCCCUGGCCUCAGUCCCCUCGCUGCCCCCAGCAGUGGCUGAGUUUGUGAAGGGAGCAGUGGAGGAGUGUAAGCCCAUCAGUGUGCAUGUGGUCACGGGAACGCCAGAGGAAACAGCCAACAUUCUGGCAGGUCUGGAGAAGGAAGGGAUGGUCAAGAAGCUUCCUAGAUAUGACAACUGUUGGUUGGCACGUACAGACCCAAAGGAUGUGGCUCGGGUGGAGAGCAAGACCGUGAUUGUGACCAAGAGCAAGAGGGACACCAUCCCCAUCCCUGCUGAAGGGGUGAAGAGCCAGCUGGGCAACUGGAUGAGCGAGUUGGACUGGCAGAAAGCCAGAGAGGAGCGUUUCCCUGGCUGCAUGGCAGGUCGGACCAUGUAUGUGAUACCCUUCAGUAUGGGUCCAGUAGGCUCCACUCUGAGUAAAUAUGGUGUGCAGGUGACGGACUCGCCUUAUGUUGUGGCCAGUAUGGGGAUCAUGACACGUAUGGGGACACCUGUCCUGAAGAAACUUGCUGAAGGAGUGGAGUUUGUCCGCUGUCAGCAUUCUGUGGGAAGACCUUUACCACUGAGAGCCCCUCUGGUCAACUCAUGGCCCUGUAACCCGAACAAGGUGCUGAUAUCUCACCUGCCGGACACCAGGCAGAUCCUGUCCUUUGGCAGUGGCUAUGGAGGAAACUCUCUCCUGGGGAAGAAGUGCUUUGCCCUCCGCAUCGCCUCCCGCAUCGCUAAGGACGAGGGCUGGCUGGCAGAGCACAUGCUGAUCCUUGGUAUCACCAACCCUCAGGGAGUGAAGCGUUAUGUAGCAGCAGCCUUCCCCAGUGCCUGUGGUAAAACCAACUUGGCCAUGAUGAAACCAGCUUUGCCGGGCUGGAAGGUUGAGUGUGUGGGAGACGACAUCGCGUGGAUGAAGUUUGACAGCCAAGGUAAACUGAGGGCCAUCAACCCAGAGAACGGUUUCUUCGGUGUGGCUCCGGGCACCUCAGACAAGACCAACCCCUACGCCAUGGCCACCAUUGCCAAAAACACCAUGUACACCAACGUUGGUGAGACCAGUGAUGGAGGGGUGUGGUGGGAAGGACUUGACCACCCUGCAGCCGACAUCACACUUACAGACUGGCACGGCAAAACCUGGAAACAAGGAAGCUCGACUCCUUGUGCCCACCCCAACUCCCGCUUCUGUGCCCCGGCAGCUCAGUGUCCCAUCAUUGACCCCCAGUGGGAGAGCGAGGAGGGGGUUCCAAUUGACGCCAUUAUCUUCGGUGGCAGGAGGCCAGAAGGGGUCCCUCUGGUCUACGAGUCUUUCAACUGGCAACAUGGAGUCUUUGUUGGAGCUGCAAUGAGGUCUGAGGCCACAGCAGCUGCUGAGCAUAAGGGCAAGGUGAUUAUGCACGACCCCUUCGCCAUGCGGCCAUUCUUCGGCUACAACUUUGGCGACUACCUCGCUCAUUGGCUGAGUAUGGAGAGCCAAAAGGCCGUCACUCAUCUGCCCAAGAUCUUCCAUGUCAACUGGUUCAGAAAGGAUGCCACCACCGGUGCCUUCCUCUGGCCUGGCUUUGGUGAAAACGCCCGUGUGCUGGAGUGGAUCUUCAAGCGCUGCAGCCGGAAGAGGGAGGACGAGGCAGCAAAGAAAAGCAUUAUCGGCUGGCUGCCAGAAGAUGGUGCCAUCGACACUAAAGGCCUGAGCAGCAAAGUGGAUAUGGGCGCCUUGUUUGACGUGCCCAAGCCUUUCUGGCAGAAGGAGACCAAAGAGUUGAGAGCCUACUUCACUCAGCAAGUUGGAGCUGAUCUGCCAGCUCAGGUGGAGGCUGAGCUGAAGGCACUGGAGGAAAGAGUGCACAAGUAAAUCCUUAUUAACCCCACAAAGAAGGCGGUAGUCCCUGAUGUUCAGUUCAUUAGGGUGCAAUCAGAGUCACUGACUGGGUUUACAUACAAAGAGACUGAAGUUCUAAGCCAGGUUAGAUAGUCCAGUUUUGGUUUGAUGCAAAUAAACAUAGUAAAGUAGUUUUGAUAACCUGGUUGAGAUGCUUGGCUGACACAUAACUGUGGCAUAGAAACAUCCUACUUGUGUUUGAUUUUUUUUCAACAUAGGAUAUAUACUGAAAAGGCAAAAAACAUGGCAGUGGUUAAUGAAAGAUUAUUUUUUUGGAACCACAUUUUCAUAACUAUUUACUGGCAGAUUAUUAAGAGUAGACAUGGGUUUGUUCAAUCACUGGUCGAUUAUUAAGGUACACCUAAAAAAGACCAAUAUCCAAGCCAGUAUUUAAAUUUGUCCGUGCAUGAAAAGACAGUCAGUGACUCUUGAGUUUCUCUCAUCAUGAAGAGAAAUCAGUUAGGAAUUAAAUUUCAGAGAUGGAAUUGGUAGAGAAAUUAAUCUACAAUGCAUUACCUUAGUGUUGGACACUAAUGCUACAAAACUAACAGACUGGUGCUGGUUUGGUGGUGGCUGGAACGUUUGACUCAACAUGAAUGUUAUAUUACUGGGAAGUUAUCAGGCUAGAGAGAAGCUAAUGUCAUUCUCUCCAUUCACUCACAAAACCAGUCAUGGUACUGGAGUAUAAUCAUCAUGGCCUAAUAGUGCCUUUUGAGACAUUUAACAAUGUUUUAACAUUUUUACACAUCCAGAGGUUUUAAUACACUAUGGGCAGUCAUGAAAUGUUAUUAUAUAUUUUAAAUUUAGCUUGAUAUUAAGAAAAAAAACCUUUUAUAAGUCUAUUAACUACUAAAAAACAUUGUAGCAGAUUUCCUGUGGGGUUGAAGAUUACUAUGCAUCAUUCAUCUUGCCUGUUUUGUAAUGUUUGUGAUUAAAUGUUUGAUUGCUGGUGAUGUUUACACACAGUAUGUGAAAUGUUGGACCAAUAAGUACAAGUGAGAAUAAUAGGUAUUUGUAGAAGCUGUAUGCCAAAGUUAAUAUUACAAUGCAAUGAAUAUUUUCAAAUGCAGAGGCAAUGCCUCAUGUUAAUUUUUCAGUAACUGAAAAUAAAUCUAUAUGUGAGAUACAAAAUAUGUCAGAGAAUAUGACAAUAGACAGUACAUAAUCAAAUGAGAUUACAUGCCACGUUACAAAAUGAUCUGUAAAAUAUGACAAAAUUAAAUUACAAAAACAUUUCAAAAUUAAAUAUAUUCUUGUACUACACUGAAAUGUGUGCAGACCUGCUUCUGGUGUCACGUUCACUACAUUUAUUUUCAUUUCCUCAUUUAGACUACAGUUCCCCACAGACUACAAUUCUGUUUGCUCCUAUCUGAUUACUAAUGCAGGUUAGUAAUGCAGAUCACUAAUCACACAACAAUAGAUGUGUGAGGUUAGCACAAAAAUAUGAGCUAUGAUAGUAUCUUUACUGACAAAACUAUUUGAUAGUUUAGAGAUGAUUCCUGCAGGAUGUGGAAGUUUUGAUAUUUUUGCCAUUGAAGUGUAGGCAGUAUAGAUGACAUUUUCCUGGCCCCAGUGUCGUUUUCAACAUUAACUUCUUGUAAAGGUAAAACGUUAGGAGUUCAACCCAAAUGUGAUCAAAAAACAUUACUCAUUUGUUCUUCACUUGAGCAUAGAGGUCAUCUGGGUCAUCAGCAGUCUGAAUCUUUUUUUGCUGGUUUGUACACCUUGACCUGUUAAUUCACUGUACCCUGCUGCUGUCCACUGUCCUUCACUGACAAUCCAGGGCUCCGCUCGGAGAAGAAGAUAUCUUCAUAAUGAAUGUCUUCUGUUUUACAGGCUGGCAUUUAAGAGAACCAAAUAUUGUGAGCUGGAACCUUUCAUAUUAAAUAAUUACAGACCGAUCUCAAGUUAAUUAAAUGACAUUUUGGACAAAUUUAAAUCUGGUUUCUGACAGCAUCAAAGAAUGGACUGCAUUGAUAAAUGUGUUACAAGUACACAACAGUUUAGUAUUUCCUACCUGGCUCUGUUGUGAAUAUAGAUGUUUCAACUUGAAACUCUUGGAAGACACUAGACAGCUGUCAGAAUGAUUAUAACAAUGAAUAACAACUUGGAUCAUACAGUACUUUCGUUCCCUAUAUGGAUUUUUAGAGUCAGCCACUUUAAUCAGUAAAAUAGUAAAUGUGAGGAAUUUGUUGGUGCAGAAAAGAACAAAACUGAUACAUACGUACAUUCAUGCAGUGGUGAAAGAAGUAUUCAAAUCCUUUUACUUAAGUAAAAGUACCAAUACAUCAAUGUAAAAAUACUCAAUUACAAGUGAGAGGUUUAGAGGUUAAGUUAAUUCAUAUAUCACUUGUUUUACUAAAAAUAUGUUUAUGAUGUUUACACAGUUAACUACUUAGAUUUUUAUGUUUGCUUAGUUAUUAUUCACAUAUUUCCCAUUUAAAUCGUUACAACUGCAUUUUUAAAACAGUUAUAAUAAUCUGCUGGAUCUACCUCUGUAGUUCCCUCACAUUUAACGCAGUUUGAGUCCAUCUACCUUCUGAAUGGUUAGUUCAGUCACAUGUGAGGGAGAACAAGGAAGUGUUGUGAAGAUGGUAAUGUGUGGAGAACAGUAAGGUGCUGCUUAAGAAGGUUAUCUCCCUCCAUCUUGCUGUUUCCUCAUAUUAAGAGUGAUCCAACCAGCACAUAUCAAACCCACCUGUUACAUUUGGUGGCAGCUGUGUGAUCAUCUUGGUUGUUUUGUGCAUUUGGUGAGUUUUAUCCCCGAUUUGUGGAUAUUGUCACUUUUUUGCUACCUGUAAUUCUUUCACUCUUUGAAAGCAGUUGAUGAAUAGAACUAUUAGUUUUUGGGGAUAUCAGGGAUUUUGUCUUCAGUUUUUCCCCAUUUUCAUGCUUUCUGUGAUUGUUUUUGAAUGGGACAUUCAAACCAUGUCAGAUGAUAACAGUGAAUUUGUGCAUGAGCUGCAGCAACUGUCACACUACAACAGAGGUCAGUGGAUGUUACAAGAACCAGUGCUGCCCCUUUAGUACCACAUUCUGUCUCUGAUGCCCAGACCUUUGACCUGCUUGUAAAGAGGAUGGAACUGAAUCUUUCACAAGAUGUUCUUCAUGCUUUAAAGUGGCAGUGUAGGCUAAGACUCCACCUGGUGCAGAUUUGUCUACAUUGAUGUCCUCCAUUCUCCGUACCUGACUACCUGAUGCUGCAUUUCUCUAUUGGGACAGCCUGCCUUCUUUAACCCAGAGAGACUAUGAUUUUGUAAAGGAGAAACCCAGAAAAGUUUUUGGGGCAAAAUACUCCCUGUUUUUCCAGUCUCCUGAAAGGCAUGCACACUCUUGCUCCAUCUGACGGGGAAAAUUUCAUUACCUUUGGUUGAGGGGAAAACAUCAGCUACUGCAUUACGGCCCCAGGAUGAUACCCAUACCGUUAACGACUGAUGACAAUGACUCUCAAUCACAGCUCCCUUUCUUUUAACAUCUUGGCUAUUG